UUGCUGAAUGGAAGUGGGGAGAGUGGACAUUCUUGACUUGUUUCUGGUGUUAAGGGGAAAGCAUCUAACUUUACCAAAGAUUUGAUGUGUGCUCACUGUUUCUUUCAGUGCUUGGCAGGCCACUGUGAAGGUCCAUCACCUUUUCCCUUUUUCCAAGAUGGCUCAAGAUUCAGUAGGCUUUUCUUCUGAUUAUCAGUUUUGGAUGCAGAAGCUUUCUGUGUGGGACCAGGCCUCUACUUUGGAAACCCAGCAAGAUACCUGCCUUCACCUGCCUCGAUUUCAGGAGUUCCUGAGGCAGAUGUAUGAAGUUUUGAAAGAGAUGGAUUCAAAUACGAUCAUUGAAAGGUUCCCCACAAUUGGUCAACUCUUGGCAAAAACUUGCUGGAAUCCUUUUAUCUUAGCAUUUGAUGAAAGUCAGAAAAUUCUAAUAUGGUGCUUAUGUUGUCUAAUUAAUAAAGAACCACAGAAUUCUGAAGAAUCGAAACUUAACUCCUGGACACGGGGGUUGUUAUCUCAUAUACUUUCAGCAUUCAGAUUUGAUACUAAAGAAGUUGGUCUUUUUACUCAAGGUCUUGAAUUUACACCUGCAGAUUACUAUCCUGGUUUGCUUAAAAAUAUGGUUUUAUCAUUAGUGUCUGAACUCCGAGAGAAUCAUCUUAAUGGAUUUAACACUCAAAGGCGAAUAGUUCCUGAAAAAAUAAGGCUCCUGUCACGAAUUUGUAUCCCACUUGUAACUCUGCCAGAUAUUGAACCACUGGUGGAGGCUCUUCUCACCUACCAUGGACAUGAACCUCAGGAAGUGCUCUGGCCUGAGUUCUUUGAUGCUGUGAAUGAGGCCUUUCUGCUGAAGAAGAUCUCUCUCCCCGAGUCAGCUGUAGUCUGCCUCUGGCUUCGGCACCUUCCCAGCCUUGAAAAAGCAACACUGCAUCUUUUUGAAAAGCUAAUCUCCAGUGCGAGAAAUUUCCUGAGAAGGAUCGAAUGCUUUUUGAAAGAUUCAUUACUGCCUGAAGCAGCCUGCCACCCUGCCGUAUUCAGAGUUGUCGAUGAAACGUUCAGGUAUGCGCUCCUGGAAACCAACGGAGCCCCAGAAGUAAUAGCCGCUAUUCAGGUGUUUACAGGGUGCUUUGUGGAAGCUCUGGAAAAAAAAAACAAGCAGCUGAAGUUUACAUUCAAGACCUACUUUCCUUAUGGCUCUCCAUCUCUUGUUAUGGUGCUGCUGCAACACCCAAAAGAGAUCCCACAAGAACUGUGGCACCAGCCACUGAAACAUAUUUCCGAAAUGCUCCGAGAAAUAGUUGAAGACCAGACUCACAGGUCCUACGGAGGCCCCUUUGAGUGCUGGUUUUUGUUCAUUCACUUUGGAGGAUGGGCCGAUAUCGCGGCUGAGCAGUUAGUGAUGUCAGAAGCUGAACCCCCUGAGGCCCUGCUCUGGCUCUUGGCAUUCAGCUACAGCCCACAUGACGGGAGUCUGCAGCGAGCACAGACCAUGGCAGAGGUAAAGGCAGUGCUCAUCCGCCUCAAAAAGCUGCUUGGAAGUCCGAGUCUCUCAGCCGAGGAUCUUCAGGCAGCAGCUGCAGAGAGCCGAGACAGAGACCCCAGACCACCUUUGUGUCAACAGCUCAUCAGGCGCCUCCUCCUGAACUUCCUGCUCUGGACUCCUAGAGCCCAUGUGAUUGCCCGGGAAGUCCUCACCCUUAUGGCUCCGACUGAUGAGUUAACCCAUGAGAUGACUGGCUUUCUUGACCAGACCUUGUACAGAUGGGAUCAUCUCCGCAUGGAAGCCACAAGGCCGAGAAAGCUGGCCAGAGAACUCCUCGCAGAGCUGUGCCCAGCUGGCACUGCCGUGUAGGCACCGGGCUCCCUGCGACCUCGUGAGGGAUUUGAGAUAAAGCCACACUGAAUGCUUCCCUGAGAAAUUCUUCAUCAAGGAGCCUCUCGGGGACCUUAGAAGGGAAAACAGAGUCCACUUGAGACUGAUAGCAAAGUCGUAGCGAACGGGACCACUGCUCAUUGGUGGGCACGCGAGCCAGCACUGCUGUGGAGGACGGUACUUGUCAACGGGGUAAAGCCGGUUCCAGUGCUACCUCUCUUUGCUUUCUGUUCGCUAAAUGCUGCCACCAAAGGAGCUCGUAUGACCUCAAGAACGGUUGACGGGAGAGUAUAGGACAUGUUCUGGAAACAUUAGAA